CCCCGCGCCCCCGCCAGCCUCGAGCCGCGCGCGCCGUUCCGGCGCCGACCCGACUGUGAGCGGCGCAGCGGGCCCCGGAGCGGCGGGCGCGAGAUGCUCAGCAUGGCAGGCAUUCGAGGGCUCCUCUGCCUCUGCCUCCUCCUCUACGCCGUCGGGCAGGUGAGCCCCUACAGUGCCCACUGGAAGCCUACCUGGCCAGCCUACCGACUCCCUGUAGUCUUGCCCCAGUCCACCCUCAGCUUAGCCAAGCCUGACUUUGGGGCCAGAGCCAAGCUGGAGGUGACCUCCUCCUGUGGACCACAGUGUCACAAAGGAGCACCACUGCCUACUUACGAAGAGGUCAAGCAGUACCUGGCUUAUGAAACCCUCUAUGCCAAUGGCAGCCGCACGGAGACACAAGUGGGCAUUUACAUCCUUAACAGCGAGCGGGGCGAGUCGGCUGGGAAAUCACGGAGGAAGAGGCAAAUUUAUGGCUAUGAUGGCAGGUUUAGCAUUUUUGGGAAAGAUUUCCUGCUUAACUACCCUUUCUCAACCUCAGUGAAGUUGUCCACUGGCUGUACCGGCACACUGGUGGCAGAGAAGCACGUCCUCACUGCUGCUCAUUGCAUCCACGAUGGGAAAACCUACGUGAAGGGCACCCAGAAACUCCGAGUGGGCUUUCUGAAGCCCAAAUUUAAAGACGGUGCUCAGGGCACCAACAGUUCCAGCUCAGCUGUGCCCGACAAGAUGAGGUUCCAAUGGAUCCGGGUAAAACGCACGCAUGUGCCCAAGGGCUGGAUCAAGGGCAAUGCCAAUGACAUCGGCAUGGAUUAUGACUAUGCCCUCCUGGAACUCAAGAAGCCCCACAAGAGAAAGUUCAUGAAGAUCGGGGUGAGUCCCCCUGCCAAGCAGCUCCCAGGGGGCAGGAUCCAUUUCUCUGGCUAUGACAACGACCGUCCAGGCGAUUUGGUGUAUCGCUUCUGUGAUGUCAAAGAAGAGACAUAUGACCUGCUGUACCAGCAGUGUGAUGCCCAGCCUGGGGCCAGUGGCUCAGGGGUGUAUGUGAGGAUGUGGAAGAGACAGCAGCAAAAGUGGGAACGCAAAAUUAUUGGCAUCUUUUCAGGGCACCAGUGGGUAGACAUGAAUGGUUCUCCCCAGGAUUUUAAUGUGGCGGUUCGAAUCACCCCUCUCAAAUAUGCCCAGAUUUGCUACUGGAUUAAAGGGAACUACGAAGAUUGUAGGGAGGGGUGACACUGUAUUCCCUCCUGACUGCAUUUGGUUUUCAUGUAAAUGUUUUAGGAGAAGCCAAAUUUGGUUGUUGGUGUGUGUGUGUGUGUGUGUGUGUGUGUGUGUGUGUGGGUCUGUCUGUGUGUAUGUGUGUCUUUGUGUGUAUGUGUGUCUACGUGUGUAUAUCUGUUUGUGGUCAUAUCUUGCACCUAAUUUUUUCACUACAAGAUGACUGGCCUUAUUAUUUGAAAACUGGCUUGUGUAUCAUAUCAUUUAAGCAGUUUGGUGGCAGAGUUUUGCAUAGAAAUAAACAUACUGAUAUUUGGGGCAAUAGGGAAUAUUAAUGAUUAAAUUAAUCCUUCACCUUUUGAGAACUUCAUUCUGAUUUUAUCUGAAUUUAUUUCAAAGAUUUCUAUUAAAAACGAGGCAUAGAGGAGAUACCGUUUUUAUUGUCUGUGUGCAUAUUUUCUCCUGAGAGUCAUCUUCUUUCUUAAUGAGUGCCUGGCUAUUACUGUU